AUGCCAUGUUUCCAUGAUGAGGCUCAUUCUUACGUCCGUUUCCCCGGACGUGCCCAUCAAUUCAUCGAGUCUUCUCAGACUUGCUCCGUGUGCAAAUUACUGGUUGAGGUUGUCGAACAGGUCAAACCAGGAUGGUUGCAGCGCGACCCUGACAAGUCUGUUUGCCUGGAAUAUGAUUCCAACCAAGAAAAGUCGCAGAGGGGUUCAAGUACUUUGAUUGUGAGCCUCCAAGAGCGUCGAUCAGGGGGGGUCACUGGCAACUUGGCUUGGGGAAUCUUGAAGUUACCCUGGCAGACGGUGGAAUCUUUCAGGUAUUUCAUCUAUUCCGAAGGAGGUCCGGCGGUGCAAUUCGAGCAAUGGCCAGUCUUGCAUAAGACGGGCACGGUCGUCGACGACACCUUGUCGGCGGCCGCUGCUGACCUUGCCGCCAAAUGGCUGUCUGAUUGCUGUUCCGGCGAGGGACACCCACGCUGCAAAAUCCCUGACCCGGAAUUCACGCCCCGUCGCCUCGUCAAUGUUGGCUUAUCGGACCCGAACGCGAAGCCUCGCCUGGAGGCUCCGAAGACUCCCAGGGACUAUGCGUGUCUCAGCUAUUGCUGGGGCCCAGAUGUGGAAGAGAUCAAAGAAAAAUUGCAGGCCAGCGUGUCGCAGGACAACACCAUUGACGUGAGCUUGCUCCCCCAGACGAUGAAAGAUGCCAUCUUGUUCUGCCGUAGACUCCAGAUACCAAACCUGUGGAUUGAUGGUCUGUGCAUCGACCAGCAGGACGCGGAAGCGAAGAAACAUGGCAUCGCUGAAAUGCACAAAGUAUUCGCCAAUGCCAAGCUGGUUCUUGCAGCAGCGGAGCCCGCGUCUUGUAAACAAGGCUUCCUGGGUAGGCAAAACUAUGGAAACCGUCCGUUACAGUGGCUGUUUGAAACCGCGGUGCCGGUUGAGGCGGGUGGUUCUCCCGGCGACAAAAUCCUCAUCAGACGGCUCACAAGCGAUCGGAAACUCGACGCAAGAUCUUCAUUGGACCGGAGAGGAUGGUGUCUUCAAGAAAGCAAUCUUUCCAUGCGCAGCCUGUACUUCAAUGGCGAUGAAAUGACGUGGGAGUGCAACCACCGCGUCAUCUGUGAAUGUGGACACAAAUCCAGAUCCAAGGAAGACGGAGAGCUGAAGGGACUUCAUCGACGUCCUUGGGAAGAGCGAGUGACAACUCGUCGAGAAUAUGUCGAUUGGAUGGAUCUGGUCGGGGAAUACUCAGACAGGUCACUCUAUCAGGGGGACGACAGACUCCCUGCGAUAUCCGGGUUGGCAGAGGAAAUCGCGCGGCGCCUGGGGGUGGUCAAGGCGCAGUCCUAUUUUUCAGGCUUGUGGAAAGAAAACUUCAUUCUCGGGCUGGCAUGGCACGUCGACAGAUCAGCAUCAGCCUCGAGGCCACGGUUCGAAAGACCCGCCACGGUCCAUUUUCCCAGUUGGUCGUGGGCCUCGAUUACGAAAUCCGUGGCAUACAGUGUGUUUGACAACCCUCUCGGCAGUUCACUUCAGCGGGAAGAGCUGGUUGAAGACUGUAGGGUUCGAGAAAUCCACCACUGCGAUGACCCGACAGAGGUUGCGUAUCCAGGGGCCGCGACAUUGUCGGGAUCACUGGUAUCGGUCGAGCACAAAAGACUCAGCAAGUCCGCGACUAGACAGUGGAAGAGAGAUUCCGGGUAUGCAAUGAACCUGGGCGACCCGGAAGAGUUAGAUAUAGUCAGCUCCCAAAAUGGGGUAGGCAUCCAGGUCCUCCUGGAUGAACGCAAUGAAGCAGAUCAGUGCAUCUGUGAUCACUGCUCAAGGAAGCUGCAAGAGAUUGUCGAUGACCAGUCCAAAGGGGAAUCACCACAGCUCUUUUGCCUGCGACUUUUUACCUGGAGAAUUCCCGAGGCCCGUGAAAAUCCAAGAAGCCAUCAUGUUUGGUACCUCUUGCUGCAAAAAGUGCCCCAAAAGUACAGUAAGGAGAGGGAUGUCUUCCGGAGAAUUGGAAUGGGCAUUCUGGAUGGGUACCGAUCUUCAAUGUUUGAGCACAGCAAAGAAUCCGAAGUCAUUAUCAUCUAG